AUGAGCAGAUCAUCAGAUGAGGAAGAUGAGGGGGUGGAGGAAGAUGAGGAAGAUGAGGAGGAACAGGAGAGAGGAAGGGGCUUGACAGAGGAUGAGGAGGACGAGAGGAGUGAGAAGAAGAAGAAGAAAAAGAAGAAGAAAGAGUGGAGUGACAGCGAGGAAGACGACGACGACUAUGGUGGGAAAAAGAAGAAGAAGAAAAAGAAAAAGAAAAAAGGGAAGAAGUCCAAGGACAAAGACAAGAAGAAGAAGAAAAAGGAUGAUGAGAAUUUUGCUGAGAUGUAUGAGCAAGAACUUAGGGAUUAUCACUCGGAUUCUUGCCAUGAAACUGAAGAUGAGUACAACAAGAAAAAAGGUAAGCCGGGAGAGAUGAUGAUGAUGAUGAUGAUGAUGAUGAUGAUUUAUUUAUUAUUUAUACCCUGCCCAUCUGGCUGGGUUUCCCCAGCCACUCUGGGCAGCUCCCAACAGAAUAUUAAAAGCAUGACAAAACAUCAAAUAUUAAAAACUUCCCUAAACAGGGCUGCCUUCAGAUGUCUUCUAAAAGUCAGAUAGUUGUUCAUUUCCUUGACAUCUGCUGGGAGGGCUGGUGCCACUACCGAGAAGGCCCUCUGCCUGGUUCCCUGUAACCUCACUUCUUGAAGGGAGGAAACCUCCAGAAGGCCCUCAGAGCUGGACCUCAGUGUCUGGGCUGAACAAGUUGGGUGGAGGCUCUCCUUCAGGUAUACUGAGCCAAGGCCAUUUAGGGCUUUAAAGGUCAGCACCAACACUUUGAAUUGUGCUCAGAAAUAUACUGGGAGCCAGUAUAGGUCUUUCAGGGCUUGGGUUAUAGGGUCUCAGCAUCAGGGAUCCCUUUGCACUGGUGCUCAAAGCAGUUUUAGUGGUUUGGUUUACAAGACAAGGCACCAGAUCAGUGUGAUGUGAUGGAUGGAGACCUCAGUGUAUAUCCUGCUUAGUCAUGAAGCUUACUGAGCACCCAGGGGUGUUGUGAGGAUGGAAUGGAGUGUGGGGCUGGAUUGGACCUUGCAUGCUGCCCCAAGUUCCUUGGGGAAAUGGGGGACAAAACUGGGAUAGCUUAAUAAAAUGGUGGUUUACACAGUAGCAAAAAAAUCCCUGCCUCAAGCUGCCUACAGUCAAAAUUUUGACAGCUGGAGCGACAGCAAAGGAAAAACUGGGAAGGAGGGUGCAAGGGUAACGAGAGACGAAUGUGAGGAUCAUUGAAGAUGCGGACUGCAUUUAAUUAUUUACUUACUUACUUAUUUAAAAUAUUUAUAAGCCACUUUUCUAGUUAAAAAACCACCCAAGGCAGCAUUUAGAAACCAACAAAAUCAACGAUGAAAGGAAAAAAAGCAGCAAAACGCUAAAUGAUUCAGAUCACCUAACAACGCCCCCCCGAUAAAUCAGAAGGAGGAGCAAAGAAUAAAGUUAAACGAUAGCAUUAAAGACCAAAAAUUCAGUUUGUACGACAGUCCUUUUGGGUAGGCCACUUGUUAUCAUCCACCUGAGAUAAUAACAUGUGAAAAGGACUAAAGGCUGAGUCCAGGCAGCAGCCUCUGUCAUAGGGCUGGCUGCAUGCUUAGGACUGGGGUUAUUAUGGGGGAAACGAAAUUGUGUGGCUGGUGACCAGCUCCCUCCCAGUGUGGCUCAUAGAUGUGAUGCAUACAAAAUGUGGACGCUGGUGGCGCUGUGGGUUAAACCACAGAGCCUAGGACUUGCCGAUCAGAAGGUCGGCAGUUCGAAUCCCCACGACGGGGUGAGCUCACGUUGCUCGGUCCCUGCUCCUGCCAACCUAGCAGCUCGAAAGCACAUCAAAGUGCAAGUAGAUCAAUAGGUACCACUCCAGAGGGAAGGUAAACGGCAUUUCCGUGUGCUGCUCUGGUUAGCCAGAAGCGGCUUAGCCAUGCUGGCCACAUGACCCGGAAGCUGUACGCUGGCUCCCUUGGCCAAUAAAGCGAGAUGAGCGCCACAACCCCAGAGUCGGUCACUACUGGACCUAAUGGUCAGGGGUCCCUUUACCUUUACCUUUAUAGUUCCUCUGCUCUGUUGGCAGUGGACUUCUGGCUGAUGGAUUGGGAUUCACUACCAGGCCACGGCCUGAUCCAAGGUGGGUCGCAACAGCAGAGCACCACCGUAAAAAUGCAUGAUAAAAUAAUUAAGGAAUGAGUUCCUAAAUGCAUGAAAGCAAGUCCUGGGUCUGAAACGGUUGAGGACAAGCACGUCGACCCCAGUUCUACCAAAUAUGCAACUAUGCAAGUUUUGUAUCAUGGUGGCCAAAUUCUGUGCGACUGCCAUAAAACUUAGGGAACAAGCUGUACUACCAAAAUGAUUAAGCUUUUAAAUGAUAAUUUUAGGUUAUAUUUUAGUGUUCAAGAUUUAAUAUACUUUUUAAAGUGCCGCUAUAUCUGAAUUGUCUCUGUUAAACCCAGCUGCAAUUCAAUGUAUCCCUGUUGUGCUUUAUGAUUUUCCUGAUAUUGUAAGUGACCUGGAACUGGUCCGUGACUGCAAUAAUAACAUUCUAAUUCGUUUUGUAUCACAAAGGGUCCCUCUACCCUGUUGUGAAAGCAAUCCUGAAAUCGUAAAUGUGUUGUAAGCUUUGAGCUAUUUGCCUCACUUCCAUUUGUGGCCAUCUUUAUUGUGGCCAUCUGUAAUAAUAAUAAUAAUAAUAAUAAUAAUAAUAAUAAUAAUUUUUUAUUUAUACCCCACCCAUCUGGCUGGGUUUCCCCAGCCACUCUGGGCGGCUUCCAACAGAACACUAAAAUACAAUAACCUAUUAAACAUUUAAAGCUUCCCUAAACAGGGCUGCCUUCAGAAGUCUUCUAAAAGUCUGGUAGUUGUUUUUCUCUUUGACAUCUGGUGGGAGGGCGUUCCACAGGGUGGGUGCCACUACUGAGAAGGCCCUCUGCCUGGUUCCCUGUAACUUGGCUUCUUGCAGCGAGGGAACCGCCAGAAGGCCCUCGGAGCUGGACCUCAGUGUCCGGGCGAAACGAUGGGAGUGGAGAUGCUCCUUCAGGUAUACUUGACCGAGGCCGUUUAGGGCUUUAAAGGUCAGCACCAACACUUUGAAUUAUGCUCGGAAACGUACUGGGAGCCAGUGUAGGUCUUUCAAGAGUGGUGUUAUGUGGUCUUGGCGGCUGCCCCCAGUCACCAGUCUAGCUGCCGCAUUCUGGAUUAGUUGUAGUUUCCGGGUCACCUUCAAAGGUAGCCCCAUGUAGAGUGCAUUGCAGUUGUCCAAGCGGGAGAUAACCAGAGCAUGCACCACUCUGGCUAGACAGUCUGCAGGCAGAUAGGGUCUCAGCCUGCGUACCAGAUGGAGCUGGUAGACAGCUGCCCUGGACACAGAAUUGACCUGCGCCUCCAUGGACAGCUGUGAGUCCAGAAUGACUCCCAGGCUGCCUUAGCUGAAAUCCAUGCAUUGUGAGGGAGCUGGAAGAGAUUACUCUGGGGGUCCCUUCCAGCUCUACAGUUCUAUGAUUCUAUGUGAUUCUUAGCUCUGAGAAGUGGAAGAAUCCAUCUUGCCUGCAGGACGCAGUUCUGUUCAGCCCCAGCCUUGCUGUCAAGAAGCAUCAAGCCCUUGAUAUCUCGCACAAGUAGCUCUAGGAAGUCAGAGGCUUCUGGCAACCUGUAAUAUCUAAACAGCCUCAGUGAGGAGUGUUGCUCUUUCAUAGGCACAUUACAGGGAAUGAAUACUUGUAAGAUGAUAUGUAUUUAAAAACAGGCUGCAUUCAAUAAUGAGGGAAAUGAAGAGGACCACUUUACUAAUUAAUUUACACCUUGUCUUUCAGCUCUGUUGGGGUAGGUCUGAAAAGGCAAGUGUGACUUUAUAGUGUGACUUUCUGUUCUGCUUCUAAAAACCUGGGUGGAUGGAUGAUCUGAUUUUAUGUUUAACAGAUCAGUAGACCACUGGGUAGAUAGAUAGAUAGAUAGAUAGAUAGAUAGAUACAUAAAUUUAUUAUGGUCGGAGACCAGCUUCUAAAACACACUUGGGGGUACAAUCCCAGAAGGAAAGCAAACAUUUAAAACAAUGUACAACAAUAAAUUUAAAAUUUAGAAAUGCAAUAAGCAUAAGGUAAAAGGUAAAGGGAACCCUGACCAUUAGGUCCAGUCGUGACCAACUCUGGGGUUGCAGCGCUCAUCUUGCUUUACUGACCGAGGGAGCCGGCGUGCAGCUUCCGGGUCAUGUGGCCAGCAUGACUAAACCGCUUUUGGUGAACCAGAGCAGCACACGGAAAUGCCAUUUACCUUCCCACCGGAGUGGUACCUGUUUAUCUACUUGCACUUUGACAUGCUUUUGAACUGCUAGGUUGGCAGGAGAAGGGACUUAGCAACAGGAGCUCACCCUGUCAUGGGGAUUCGAACCGCCGACCUUCUGAUCGGCAUGUCUUAGGCUCUGUGGUUUAACCCACAGUGCCACCCGUGUCCCUGCGAUAAGCAUAUAGACACUUAAAAUUUUAAGAUAAGCUACCACAGAGAGAUGACCCAGAGUCACCCAUGGAACCAAGUUUGGGGAUUUUCUUAGCAAACUAGUUUGGGUUGGGGGAUGGUCUGCUCCUACAGAUCUGUACACAGAAUUUGGCGAACAUCCAGGUCAUCUUAUGAUCUUUGCCUAACAGGAUAGAUCACUGAGUAUUUGACUGCUGAAGAUCUGCUAUGUGCAUUGUAAAAAUAAACCUAAGGCUGAAAAAUACUUCAGCAUCAAUGAAAAACAGGGAUGGGGAAUUUAUUGGUUAGCUCUAACCAUCAGUAAAUUCUUCCUGAUGUUGAGUCAGAAUUUCCUUUCUUGUAACUUGAAGCCAUUGGUUCGGGUCCUACCCCCCAGAGCAGGAGAAAAACAAGCUUGUGGCAGCCCUUGAGAUAUUUGAAGAUGGCUAUCAUAUCUCCACUCAGUGUUCUCUUUUCCAGGCCAAACAUACCCAGUUCCCUCAACUGUUCCUCACAAGGCUUGGUUUCCAGAACCUUCAUCACAUACCCCCAACCCUCAACAUUUUCACUUCGCCUAACUUCUCCAGAAAAGUAAUGUACACUACACACACACACACACACACACAGAGAGAGAGAGAGAGAGAGAGAGAGAGAGAGAAAUGAAUUAUUCUAGGGAAACUUGUUUUGUAUAAAUAAGAAUUGUGUAGAAAAAUGCAUAUCAGGGGUCAGCAAACUUUUUCUGCAGGGGGCUGGUCCACCGUCCCUCAGACCUUGUGGUGGGCCAGACUAUAUUUUGAAGGGAAAAAAUGAACAAAUUCCUAUGCCCCACAAAUAACCCAGAGGUGCAUUUUAAAUAAAAGGGCACAUUCUACUCAUGUAAAAACACGCUGAUUCCCGGACCGUCCGUGGGCCGGAUUGAGAAGGCGAUUGGGCCACAUCUGGCCCCCAGGCCUUAGUUUGCCGACCCAUGAUGUAUAUCAGGGGUGGCCAACUCCCCAGAGAUUGUGAUCUACUCACAGAGUUAAAAACUGGCAGUGAUCUACCCCCUUUUUGGGGAUUCAGGUCACAGUUGUUGAGCCAGGGAUCUACAAUAGACGUCCAGUGAUCUACCAGUAGAUCACGAUCUACCUGUUGGACGUGCCUGAGGUAUAGCAGAAGUUCACAUUAUGCUGGUGAAUUUUCAGGAAGACUUUAAAAAACAACCAACCAAAUAAACAAACACACAAACUUAUGAGCAAAUCCAGAGAACUGCAUGUAAGACUGGAAAAAAAGAGAAACCAAGACUGACAGAUUCACCCCUCUGUAACUGAACCUGUGCUCGUUCUUCUAUAGUUGUACCUCUACAACAAGUUUGCAAAGAGGGUGGAGAGAUACAGUGGUACCUCGGGUUAAGAACUUAAUUCGUUCUGGAGGUCCGUUCUUAACCUGAAACUGUUCUUAACCUGAGGUACCACUUUAGCUAAUGGAGCCUCCCGCUGCUGCCGCCCCGCUGCCAUGCGAUUUCUGUUCUCAUCCUGAAGCAAAGUUCUUAACCCAAGGUACUAUUUCUGGGUUAGCGGAGUCUGUAACCUGAAGCAUCUGUAACCUAAAGCGUCUGUAAUCUGAGAUACCACUGUACAUCACUUUCUAUCAAAUCAGCACGAUAUAAAGGGUGCAUUGCUUGCUAAUCACAAUGGAUACCUGUGGGGUGAAUUUGGCAUCUCUCUGGUAAAUGUGCUUCCCUGCCCAGCACAAAUUGAAAUUAGAUCACAGAAUCUGCCAGUUUCUGAACUAAUAUCUGCCAGCGCUGUGAAGAAACCAAUAUGUGUUUUCCUGGCUUCCGAAAGGUAGACUGAUGUUUUGCUCCCAGCUAAGACUCCAAAUGACUCAAGGCACUCAUCACGCAAUGAGUCAGAAAUAACAUUUGACUUUGCAGUGGCUCAUCAAGAAUAACAAAGCCCAUGGAAUUCCUGCAUGUGCCUCUUCCAGGUUUCAGUGCUUGGAUUUGCAAAUAUAGGAUUCAGCAACCUUUGCCAACCUCAUGUCUUACCAAGGUUUUCAACUGCAACUCCCAUCAGCCUCAGCUGGUAUAGGUGUUUUGCUUGGGGCUGAUGGAAGUGAUAGUUUGAAAUUUCUGGAGGGUGCCAGGAUAUGCUAUAUAAGGGUUUCCAGUCACUCAUAAUUUACAUGGUUUUGUCAACUAUUUCAUGAGCCCUGUCUAAAAUAAGUAGAAAACUUACUCCUAGGGCUGCAGCAUUUAAAUGAUUUUUUAUUAAUACAUUUCUUUUUAAGUAAACUCCAAAGAUGAUCCAAAAUUCAUUUUGAUUGCUUGAAAAAAUGUGUAUUUUAGUUAAUACUGCUUGCAAAAUGGUAUAUAUUAGGAGAAAUGUACGCUAAAAUGCUUAUUAUUAUUAUUAUUUCAUAACUUUACAUACCACCCUUCACCUGAAGAUCACAGAGUGGUUUGUUGUUUAAAAACACAAAAAUGCAUACCAUGACAAAUUUUCAUGACGACUUGUUUUUAAAAAUUGUAAGCUACUUCAGGAAUAUGGAGAGGUUGGAAAAAUGAGAAACUGAGGCACAACAAAAUUGACAGAGUUGUUCAUCUCUGCUUCCAGUCCUAAUCUUCCUCUUUUUAUAUUUUCAGAAGUGAGGCAUUGAAAAGAUCUUUGCUCUGAAUCCUGUACUUACUCUAAAAUGAAUCUUGUUUCAAAUCUUGACAGUGGGGUCCAUUUUGACCAGUUGCUCCACUCCACCCUGGAGAGUAAAGAUACAUUCUUCCUGCUGGUUUCACGUAUUUCCUCCAAUUUGUAUCCACAGUCUACGAAGUCGUGACGGUGACAGGAGACGUCCGAGGAGCGGGGACCGAUGCCAAUGUCUUUGUUACUCUCUUUGGAGAAUUUGGCAUCACUCUGAAAGCCCAUCUGACCAGCAAGUGA